GUGCGUUCAUUACGUGCUUCCUCAAUGGCGGCACGAUCCCUUUGGAGAACCCGUACGAAGCUCCUCGUUGUCGGUACCUCCUUAUGCGCUGGUUCCGGCGCCGCCUUCAUUGCUUCCUCCGAUGACCCAUCAACCACCCUCAAGCUUUGCACCUCCAUACCCGUCCGCCUCUACCGCAAUACCGUUACCGCCGCCUCUAUCGCUUUCGAUUAUGAAUACUCAUUGUUGGGUUUGGCUGAGGGAAGCAGUGAGAGGGCUAAGGUCAAACAUGAAGUCCACCUAAGGUCAGCUCAAAAGCUUCAAGAGCUUUGUUUCAAAAAUGGAGGAAUCUAUAUCAAACUCGGCCAACAUAUAGGACAACUUGAAUAUCUUGUGCCUGAAGAGUAUGUUCGUACUAUGAGGGAGUCUAUGUUGAACAAAUGCCCUGUUUCUUCGUAUGAGCAAGUAUGUGAGGUUUUCAAGAAGGAGGUUGGAGAGAUGCCAGACAAAGUAUUUGCUGAAUUUGACCCUGUUCCAAUUGCAAGUGCUUCCCUUGCUCAAGUUCAUGUUGCUCGCACCCAUGAUGGAAAAAAAGUUGCUGUCAAGGUUCAACAUGCGCACAUGACAGACACUGCUGCUGCGGACACUGCAGCUGUGGGAGUUUUAGUGAAUACCUUGCACAGGAUAUUCCCAUCAUUUGACUAUAGGUGGUUGCUAGACGAAAUGAGUGAAAGCUUACCAAAGGAACUAGAUUUUUUGGUUGAGGCGAAAAACAAUGAGAAAUGUCUGGAUAAUUUUAGGAAGCUGUCUCCCCAUAUUGCAGAGUAUGUUUAUGCGCCAACAAUCUAUUGGAAUUUGAGUACCUCUAAGUUGUUGACAAUGGAGUUCAUGGAUGGUGCUCAAGUGAACGAUGUUGCUAAGAUCAGAAAGCUUGGGAUUCAGCCCUAUGAAGUAUCAAAGCUUGUGAGUCAAACUUUUGCAGAAAUGAUGUUUAAACAUGGGUUUGUGCACUGUGACCCACAUGCUGCCAAUUUGAUUAUUCGUCCAGAUCCUUCUGGUAAAAGGAACAUAUAUGGCAAGAAAAAACCGCAAUUAGUGAUUCUUGACCAUGGCUUGUACAAGGAGCUUGACUUCAACACAAGAUUCCACUAUGCUUCACUAUGGAAAGCGUUGGUCUUUUCGGAUGCUAAAGCCAUUAAAGAACACAGCGCGAAAUUAGGCGCUGGAGAUGAUCUAUACGUGCUAUUCGCUGGGAUUCUUACAAUGAGACCAUGGAAGCAAGUCAUUGACACAUCUGUGGAUCAUUUAGUCAUCCAAGGCAGCAAGGAAGACGUAUCAGAGCUACAGAUGUACGCAUCACAGUACUUCUCCGAAAUCUCAGAGCUUCUCAGGAGAUUGCCACGCGUAAUCCUUCUGAUGCUGAAAACAAACGACUGUCUCCGGUCGGUUAACAAUGAACUAAUGCAAGGAUCGUCGCUGGAGUCGUUCUUGAUCAUCGGGAAAGUAUCUUCGCAAGCGGUUUUAGAGGCAAAGAGGUCUGAAAAGAAAUCGUUGAUGAAAUGGCUGAAGGUAUGGCUUGAAGGAUUCUCUGUUGAAGCAAGGCUUUGGGUAAUGCAAUUUGCACUUUGGGUCUUACAAGUCAGAAAAUCAUUAACCCUAUGAUAUAUAAUGUCAUAAAUUGAUUAAAAUGUU